AUGGUAAAGAGUGUUACAACAGUGCGCACGGGAGCGCGAACUGUUACGACGGCUCGAGACCGGCUGUUGAACAUGGUAGUGAAUGGACAUUGGCACUGUAUUGGGUUAAACGUGGAGGGAACUACACUGAGAACAUAUAUGAGACUGCUGUUAAAACAUUUAAUACAACUCUCGAGACCUUCAGAAGCCAGUCCGGGGUAUAGGGUACGAGCGCGUGCUUUGUUACUUUCGUUGGGGCUUUCUUCCUUGAUGGUAGUGACUAGCGGUGGAUAUGGAGCUUACCUCAUAUUCAGCAAGAUAUAUUCGUUGUACAGGAAGUCCCAGGAUAAGCCCUAUGGCAGAUCGUUGGUACGUACGAAAUCGCAGACUGAUUUGAGAAAUGGUGCCAGGAUAAUGUAUAUUCCAGAGGACGUAUUUCAAGAUCGAAAAGAAGGUGAAGUACAGGAUGUUGAGGCGAGAAAGAAGAUAUAUAUACCGCGCAGGGAUGAUGAUGUUUAUGAGCAUGAUCAGUAUCUGUUCAAGAAUGUGGAACAGGGUCGUGCAAAGAAUUCUCAACUUUUUUACUCUAGAUUUAUGAAUCAGAUGAACGUACUGUCGAAGAUACUGAUUCCAUCGCUGAUGGAUAAGAAUGCUAUGCUUCUCGGACUGCAGAUUUUCUUCUUGGUUAUGAGAACUUGGCUAUCCCUAUUCGUCGCAAGGCUGGAUGGCCAAAUCGUGAGGGAUAUUAUCGCUGGUAGGGGCAGAAGAUUUUUACUUGAUUUGGCAUGCUGGUUCCUGAUCGCCCUUCCAGCAUCAUACACCAAUAGCGCUAUCAAACUACUACAAAGAAAAUUGAGUUUAAAUUUUAGAGUUUAUUUGACCCGUUACAUUCAUGACAUUUACUUGGAUAAGAGACUGGCGUUCUAUAAGUUGAUCUUUGAUGACAGGGCUUCGAGUUCGGUUAUUAAAAAUAUUGAUAACUCGAUCUCUAAUGAUGUUGCAAGAUUUUGCGACGCCACUUGUUCAGUGUUUGCCAAUAUCGCAAAACCAGUUAUCGAUCUGUGCUUCUUUUCGGUUUACCUGCGUGACAAUUUGGGGACUCUGGGUGUUGCAGGUAUAUUUGUGAACUAUUUUAUUACUGGAUACCUACUCAAGAAAUUCACACCACCAUUGGGUAAGUUGGCCAGCAGUAGAUCUACUGCUGAUGGUAAUUACUAUAAUUACCAUGUUAACAUGAUAAACAAUAAUGAAGAAAUUGCAUUUUAUCAGGGUACAGAAGUGGAGAAGGCAAAGGUCAUGGAACUAUACGACAUAUUGAUGGAUAAGAUUUUGGCAGUUGACAAAAGCAAGUUUAAUUACAACAUGCUUGAGGAUUACAUUUUAAAAUAUACAUGGUCCGGUCUAGGUUAUGUCUUCGCCUCCAUACCAAUAGUAGUCACAACGUUGUCCACGGGUGUUAACAUCGAGGACGCAAAUAUGAAGGAAUUUAUCGUUAACAAGAGAUUGAUGUUGUCAUUGGCAGAUGCAGGCUCAAGAUUGAUGCAAUCAAUCAAGGAUAUAUCCCAAUUGACUGGUUACACGAACAGAAUUUUUACUUUACUCUGCUCCCUGCACAAGGUUCAUUCGAGUAAAUUCAGUUAUGGUGCAACGGGGCCCCCACCGACUUUAACCACUGACGUUUCGGCUAGGAAAGAUGCAAGUCAAAUUGACGUUAAGAGGGAAAUCGUUCAAGGUACGGUCCAACGUAAUUUCAAUGGUGUAAGAUUUGAGAAUAUUGAUGUGAUCAUACCGUCUGUGAGAGCUGGUGAAGGAAUCAAGCUGAUCAAGAAAUUGACAUUCCAAGUACCACCUCAAAUUGAACCAACAUCCUCUGCCGCUAAUUCUGUGCAAGAUUUAAAGAAAAUGUUCGAUGUAAGUUUGCCUUUCUUUGAAGGUCCGGGUGCUAGCUUGCUGAUCCUUGGGCCCAACAGUUGUGGUAAGAGUUCGAUUCAAAGAAUCAUCGCCGAAAUUUGGCCUGUGUACAACAAGAAUGGACUAUUAUCAAUACCAUCUGAGGGAAACCUCUUUUGUGUUCCUCAAAAGCCCUAUUUUACUAGGGGCGGGACUUUGAGGGAUCAAAUCAUUUAUCCAAUGUCAUCAGACGAGUUCUUUGACAGAGGAUUCAAAGACAAGCAUUUAGUUCAGAUUUUGGGCGAAGUGCGACUAGAAUAUCUCUUGAAGAGAAAGAAAGGCUGGACCUAUCUAGACGCUGUGGCCGACUGGAAGGAUGUACUUAGUGGUGGUGAAAAGCAAAGAAUGAAUUUUGCCCGUAUCAUGUUCCAUAAACCAAGAUUCGUUGUUCUAGAUGAGGGAACGAAUGCAAUUAGUGCCGAUAUGGAGGAUUAUUUAUUCAAUUUGUUGAAAAGGUACAGAUUCAAUUUCAUCAGUAUCUCUCAACGACCAUCUUUGAUCAAAUAUCACGAUCUAUUGCUGGAGAUUACAGAUACCACGGCUGGUUCGUGGCAAUUGCAAGCUUUGGGUACUGCAGAGGCAAUCACUUCAAUAGAUCAUGAAAUUGAUGAACUGUCAAAAAAAAUGGCCAAUGUAGCUAAAUGGGAGUUAGAACGAGAAGAGUUGCAAGGAAAGUUGGCGAUAAUAUAA